AUGGCAUGCCGCCCCAGGAACUUGGCCAAGCGGUACUUGCCGCCCGGGAAAUACAGCGAUAUGUAUCAAAUGUAUGUGUCUCACCAGAUGGCCAGCUCUGAACCUUGCGCUUCGUCCACUACAUUCUACAGGGUUCUGAAUGAGAGUGGCUGGCGCCGGGUCCUCAUCUUCAGGGGCAAGAGUCAGCACAGCCAAUGCCACGUCUGCGCCAAGCUGAAGUCUCAGCUGCGACACGCGCGAGGCCUGCAGGAGAUGGCUGCCGCUUCCGACCGACUCAUGCGACAUCUGGGCGGGCAGUUUCUCGACCGGUCCAUGUAUUGGGCGUUAAGAAAUAGAGCACGAACCGACAAGGACCUCCUGCUUCUGAUAACUGACUCAAUGGACAAGGGAAAAUUUGCCCUGCCUCGCUGGGUGCAGGGCAGGCCUCCGAAAGACAUCGAGGACUUGAAGCGACCUCAAUGUGAACUGACCUGCACUAUGGUGCAUGGACGCCUCAUCUAUGUUGCUGUAACGGACGAAGACCAGACCACUGGGAGCAGCUGGACAGUGGAGAAUGUCUCUCGCGCCUUGGAGAAAGCUUAUGCUCUCAGCCAGCAAAAUGGCACGGGCUGGCCAUCUUUGCUGAAAAUUUUCGCAGAUAACACACCCAAGGAAGUGAAGAACAGUGUUUUCGCCCGCUAUUGCUCUUCAUUGGUGAGCAGCGAUGCGUUCGAGGUGGUCUCCCAUGACCACCUCACAGUCGGUCACACUCACGAAGACAUUGGUGCCCCA